AUGCAGACUGCUUCUACAAACAUUUGUGAAAGAAUGUGCAAUAAGUCCAUCUGUGACAUUUCCUUGCUACUAAAUAUUCUAUGGUCAACUGUUGGUGGUAUUAUGACAAAGUGGAAGCAACUGGGAACAACAGCAACUCAGCCACGAAGAGGUAGGCCACAUAAAAUGACAGAGCAGUAUCAGCGCAUACUGAAGCGCACAGUGCGCAGAAUUCCCCAACUGUCUGCAGAGUUAAUAGCUAAAGACCUCCAAAUUUUGUGUGGCCUUCAGAUUAGCACAACAGUGCAUAGAGAGCUUCAUGGAAUGGGUUUCCAUGGCCGAGCAUCUGCAUCGAAGCUUUACAUCACCAAGUGCAAUGCAAAGCAUCAGAUGCAGUGAUGUAAAGCACCCCGCCACUGGACUCUAG